AUGUGCAUCAUCGAACAACGUACUUACAUCCAACCCGACGGUAAGAAAGAGACCUACGACCACGUCAAGAGUCGUUGCGAGCUCGCUGGCACUGGAAAGUCUUGCCGCAAGAUCACCUACGAAGAACGAACCAUGCAGGGUGCCGGCCAUUCUCGUCAUUCCCCUCGCAUCCGCUACGCCGACGAGUCUUCUUCUCCUGCCACCGAGAGCCUUCCACCAACACCAGUCAACGGAGCCACCUUCGUUGAAGUUACACCAACCACGGGUGGAUUUGGCUCACAUCCUUCGCCCAAGCACCGCAAGACUGGCUCUCUUGGCCAAAUUGUCUUCAACCUUGGCGGCUCUAGGAAGGAAAAGGAGAAGCAGAAAGGGAAGCCAAAGACUACGACCAAGCACUAUUACGGCAGCUCGGCUGUGUCCGAAGCAACAUCAGCGUCCAGUACUAGGAGCUACUCGCCCGCUCCGCCUUCACCUACCCACGAGCAGAACCUGAGCCCAACGUAUCAGUAUUCGCACCGCAGAAGCCACAGUGCGACCAUGCCUUCAAAACCCUCCAUGGCUUAUGCGACCACGGCGAGGGCGGCGCGGCGGCCGGACUCACGGGGAAGAGAAGAGGUCCAUUUACUCAGCCCCCAGACACAUGCUGACCUCCAACUCGUAACCCCCCUGACCCAGGCUGACCCCCCAAGGGGACCACCGGGACCGCCACGUCCUCCGGCGCCUCCGGCCCAUGCUGACCCGCCUUCCCCUGAUGAACCUAGUCGCCGGCGGUCUCGAAGGCCUCCACCAAUCGUCACGCAGCCUUCCACCAGUUCCAGCUAUCGGCCUACUGCUGCUGCCUCGCGUCCACCAAACAAUAGACCUCAAGAUCCCAACCAGGGAGCUGCCCAAAGCGCAAACGACCGCGAGUUUGCUGAAAAACUAUCUGCAUCUCUCAAUAAUCUUCGCGUUAAUACUGGGAACUCCCAACACGAAGAGACAGACGACGAACGCCAAGCUCGCAUCGAGCGUGAGCGGGCUACGGGACGUGAACAGUUACGCCGCGAGCGACAAGCAGACGAGUUCUGGGCGCAGUACCACCGAGACCGACAGGAACGCCGCGAGGAGGGCCGUAAAAUGAACGAGCAAAGUCGCCCAGCCGACGACUGGGAGGCCCGCCUUGAGGAAGGACGUCGCCGCGUCGAGCAGGAACACCGUAACCGCCAGCAAGAAACUCGUCACGACCCUUCAGUCGAUGCUGCCGCCCCAGCUGACAGCUCUGGCGACGAAGAUUGGGAAGCACAGCUAGAAGAAGGCCGUCGCCGGCUAGCUGAAUUGCGACGCACUGAAGAGACGGCCACCAGCAACGCUCAUGCCGCCAACCGUGAGCGUCGACCUUCUCAAUCCUCCGUCAACGACCCGCUUCGCCGCCGCAACACAACAGGCGGUAGCCACGGGCAACGUCACCGUCCUCGCGUUCCCUUGGACUCCUCAUCUACCUCUCGCUCCAACUCAUCUGCCAAUGCCACAGCUAGCUCAAGCAUCGGCGCCGACACCACUGCAGACCGCGAAGCGAUAGAGCGAAAUCGCCUCCUUUCCUUCGAAAGAGAGCAGAUGGCGCGCGAACGCCAGGGAGCUGAUGUUAUGCUUGCUUCUCAGAUCGCUGACGCGCAGGCCGACAUCCAACGUGCCGAGGCCCGUAUAGCCGCGCGUCGCGACCGAGAGCAGCGCGAGCGUAUGGUCGAAGGCAAUUACGGUGCCUUUGCGUACGAUGGAGUCAACUCAUAUGCCCCGCAGCCCAAUGACUUCUACAACCCCCGUCUCGGCAUGGGCAUGGGGACUCUGAGACAUGAAAACAGACGCUUGCCACCUAUGACUCAUCAAGGCGGCCCUCCUCUCGGGGAGCCUGGAUGGGAGAGGGGACAGAGAGUUAUCCAUGAAGCGCGAGGUGGUGGUGGUCGGAGAUCCAGAAGGUCUUCCGUUUCCUACCACCAAUACCCAGCUUACCGUUGGGAUGAUCAGAGAUAA